CUUCUUCAAACGUAGCUUACAGUGGAUAUUCAUUUCAAUAGAGUCUACUCUGUGCUCAUGUACUUUCAAGCACUCUACAAAGAACCUUGUACAGUAUUAAUCUGGAAGCCGCAGUCACCUCAACUCCUUACUUUAAUUGGAGGUGAAGCCAGGGUCAGUAUGUCACAUGACGUUGCGCUAGUUUUCAUACCCACCUACCAGGUAGGUAGGUACCUUGGGUGCUAUAGUGGGUAACUUUAACUUGGACUAUUCCUUCGUCAUUACGGAUAAACCCUCGACUUCACCCCGACUGAAUAUCGCGGGUUCCGCAACGCCAAAAGCACCUCCCCAUCAGAUCCCACUUUCAACAUGGCAGAAUCCACGUACAUCAAACCGGAACCGUUCAUCAAGCCCGAUCCUGAAGCGGUGACGGCCUCUCCCCUUGACGACGACGACCUGUACGAAGACGCCGGCGAUCUCGAGUUCUUCGACCAGUACAGCGACCAGGGCUCCUUUGGCCAAGCUUACUUGGCCCGUGUGCCAAAGGACUUGUGGGAAGCAUGGGACAGCCUUCCGGAUGACGCUGAGAUUGAAGUCGGCACGAUGCGACAGUGGGACGUUGUGCGCCCAGACGGCAGCGUUGAGCACCGCUUCAAAAUGCUACUCAACUCCGACCGAGCCGAGCAUCAACUGAUGCCCAAGGAAUACGAUCUAGAGAUGGGCAGGGAGCUUGCGCGCAGCACUUUUGUCUUCACUGAAGAGGACCUGCCUGGCUUCAAGGCGAAGUCCAAGGCGAGAACCGAUGCGGCCAACGCUGGUAUACCAGCCCGUUUCCUGCGGCCCAAGGCAGACAAAGUGGAGAAGAAGCCGUUCGAGAAGGGCCGUCGUUGGCAGCCCUACUACCGCAAGGCGAUUCCUAAGAAAACGAAGAUUGCCGCUAGAAUUCAGUACGAGCUUGCUUGCAAGCCUGUUGAUAACGCCGAGAGUCAAGCAAUCCUGCAGCGGAAGCAGCUCGAGGCCCAGAGGCCGAAGCACACGCUUCAGAUCAUGGAGCAGCGCGCAGCUAACAGCAUUAUACACCAUGGUUCGGCUGCUGCUGUGGAGAAGUUCGGCUCUUUCAUCAAAACAUCUGCACCCACGAAGGCCACAAAGCCCAAAAAGGCCGAGAACAGAGCUGCCCGUAUGUCGGAGGAACAGCUUCUCGACGGUCUCAUGGAGGCUUUCAGAAAGUACGAGUAUUGGAAAAUGUCAAUUCUCAAGGCCAGAUUCGACCAGCCCGAAGCUUUCUUGCGCCAGACUCUGGAGAAGAUCGCGGUGCUCAACCGGUCGGGUAUCCACGCCAAUGAAUGGUCUCUACAAGAGCAUUUGAAAAGUAUGGCUUCCGGUGCAACCAGCGAGACCGCCCCAGAAGAAGCCGCCGCUGAAGAUGACGAUGAGGAAGUGGCUAUGGAGGAUGUUGUAUAAAUGAUUGUACUGUUAUCACAUGGUUUGCGGACUUCAAAGCCUGAAAGGCAUUGCAUGGCGUUUGGAUGGGCACUGCUCGACUUUGUUCGAGGGUGGUUUGCUACUUUCAGGGAUCUGGAGACUUUGAUACCCUUGGAGCACUGGGCUACGACACGUGUCGAAAGACAUACUUGGCCGCUACUCGACGUACAGGCUUCGGGACGGGAGGCGAAUAGAUCACGCAUUUCGCGUUCUCGUUA